GGCGCGCACGAAAUGAAAAACAGAAAACAGUAUCGUCUAUGGCAAAUGCCGUGUUUGAGUUUAUAGAGACACGCAGUUGGAUUAUACCACUUACUAUCAAGAAUCUCAACAUUAGUAAACGCUGUUGGUUAUUGAUCAUUUGAGGAUAUGGGGAGACGUACUGACAGUGAUGAUGAUCGUGAUAGAGAUGGUCGGAGGCGACAUAAACAUAAGAAGCACAGUCGAAGUACAGAACCAACAGAGAAUUCCAAAUCAAAGCAUCGAUCAGACAAAAAGUCAUCGUCAUCCCGAAAAGAACGUAGCAGAUCUCCAAAUCGUGAUCGCAGUCGACGAUCCAGAAGUCGGUCUCGCAGUCGUAGAUCAAAGAGUCGCAGUUCUGAACGAACUGACAGUCGGAAAUCUAAACAAAAAUCUGAAAGAAAGUUACCCGCUUCUUAUCGACAGCGUGAUCGCUCACCGAAAAGAGAUUCUGCUCGUUAUUCCACAAGCCGCUCAUAUGAUCGGCGGAGAUCAAGAAGUAGAAGCAGGUCUCGUAGCCGGAGAACCAGAAGCCGUUCCCCAGUCAGAUCCAAGAAGGCCAGGCGAUCAAGAUCUCGUUCAAGGUCAAGACGCGAUCGAUCCCCACAAAAAGAUCCAUUUGGUAGAGAUAAAAGGAGAAGUCGAGAGCGUUCAUACAGUAAAUCUCCUCUGCAUCCUUUGAUGCAGUUACAGGAAGAAUUAGAGGCAGAGAAGGAGAAAGAAAAAAAGAAGGGCGAUCCAUGUGCAGAUAUUCCAGGUUUUGCUGAAAUGACUCCUGGAGAGCAAGCCCGGCUAAGAAUGCAGAAGGCUCUGGAGGCGGCAGCUUCUGCAGAUGCUACUUUGAGAGAGAAGGGUUUGCUAGGAAAAGAGAAACUAACUGUUGCGCAACAGAUGCAUAGACAGCAAGUACUUGAAGACAUUGAAGAUGAUGAUUUUACCCCGACGGCAUUUACCUCAGGUAGAGACUCAUUGGAAGUGAGUGCUUCAAGUUUAGGCAUUGAUUACUCCCAUGAUAAAGCUAUGUUCGGUGGAAGCAAUGUGGCGCUGGGCUUGGCCCCGAAAUCAACUCCAAGCUCCACACCAAGUGGUAUUAUCUACAAAGACCGGGGUCCAUUAGCAUCACAUAGUUUGUUUGCCAGUGCAGAGGAAAAGGAAGAGCGCUGGAUACAAAAAUUGGAAAAAAUGAGAAGAGAGAAACUUGCCAAAUAUAGAGCUAUGCAUAUAAAGCAAGAAAACUGUGCAUGACAAUUCAGCUUAUAUUAACAUUCGUGAAUUUUACUGAACGUUUUCAGUGACAUCUGUCAUUUUUGCUUCCGUACAACACAUUUUGGUGGAUUCGAAAUGAUUAUAUUCAUUUUUUGUUAAGAAUUUUGGCCGGCUGCUCCUUACAAGACUGUCAUGACAAGUAAAACAUCAUUGAACUAGCAACAAAAUCUUCCGAAAAUUAAUCAUGCACGUUGUACUCUUUCUCUCCACAUAUCCUUGGUUAUUGAUCAAGUCUUUGAACAAGUGUAAAUAAAAUGAUGUAAUGGU